AUGGACCUGGUAUCCCGGACAAUCUUCCCUUUCCAGAUUGUCUUGGGGAUCCUAGGGAAUUUCUCAUGUUUGUGUGAGCAUCUUUUCAACCACCUUUCUGGACGUAAGGCACGGCGCACAGAUUUGGUGGUCAGGCACCUCACGGUGGCCAACGCCUUGGUCAUCCUCUCCAGGGGAGUCCCGGAGACCAUUGCGGCUUUUGGACACAAGCAUUUCCUGGGUGAUCUUGGAUGCAAACUCGUGUUCUACGUGCACAGAGUAGCCAGAGGGGUCUCCAUCAGCACCACCUGCCUCCUGACUGCUUUCCAGGCCAUCAUCAUCAGUCCCAUGGACUCCAGAUGGGCAGAACUUAAAGCCAAAUCCCCAAAGUUCAUUCGUUCCUUCAGCGUCCUGUCCUGGGUCUUGCACAUGCUGAUAAAUAUUCAAGUUCCCGUGGUGAUGAGUGGCGGAAGGAGUAACAAGAACACGACCUUCACUGUGGACUUUGGGUAUUGUUCCGCUGCCGCAGGGAACAAGGGCGUGGACUCGGCGCUCGCGACGCUGGUGACUUUCCACGACGUCUUGUGGUUCGCGCUCAUGCUCUGUACCAGCGGCUCCAUGGUUUUCAUUCUACACCAGCACAAGAAGAGGGUCCAACACAUCCAUAGACGCAAAGUCUUGCCAAGAUCCUCCCCCGAGAUCCAGGCUACCCAAAGAAUCCUGGUCCUGGUGAGUACCUUUGGGUCCUUGUAUUCCUUUUCUUCCGUCAUCUAUUUUUAUUUUUAUUUUUUUGAUGAGACCGCCGGGUGGCUGUUAAACACCUCGGCUUUGGUGAACGCUUGCUUUCCAACGGCCAGCCCCUUCAUUCUCAUGAGCUACUCGUGUACACAUGAGUUACACAUGUUUAUGCCUGGGAGGAAUAAACCAUCCUCUCAGUUCCGGAGAACACAAACGGUCUGA